ACUGUUAAAUAAAUAAUAUAUGAAAAAAAAAACAAGGCUAGAGAUACGCAGAGUCGCGCGCGCUACGCUUAUCAAAAGUGAGCCGAGUGCAAACAAACAGGCGAAUGUUGAAACUUGUCGUGUUUUAAUGUCAAAAUAAAAACCCAUAAAUAUGCGUAAACAAAUAAACUCAAUUUAACUGCAUACAGUGAUAAAUUCAACAUAAAUCUCCAACUGUGUGAGACUAAUAAAUUCAACAGACACGUGUCUAGCUCGAAUGUAUUGCAAUUAAAUAUUAAAAGCACUAAGCACUGAUAUGAAUAGCAUUUAAUUAAUAUUGUUUUGAAGCUGACUAAAGUUUAUUAUUUCGUGAGAGAGUAGUACAACAAACAUAAGCAGCAACAAAAAUGUAUGGAUUUGUUAACUACGCGCUGGAGCUGCUGGUGCUGAAACACUUUGGCGAUGAAAUAUGGGAGAAAAUCAAAAAAAAGGCCAUGGUCAGCAUGGAGGGACAAUUUCUGGUGCGGCAAAUUUACGACGAUGAAAUAACAUACAAUCUAAUUGGAGCAGCUGUUGAGAUACUCAAAAUACCUGCUGAUGAUAUACUGGAGCUCUUUGGCAAGACUUUCUUUGAGUUCUGCCAGGACUCCGGCUAUGAUAAAAUACUGCAAGUGCUGGGCGCCACGCCGCGUGACUUUUUGCAGAAUCUGGACGCGUUGCAUGACCAUCUGGGCACCCUGUAUCCGGGCAUGCGAGCACCCUCCUUUCGCUGCACAGAGAAGGACGGCGAACUGCUGCUGCAUUACUACUCAGAGCGGCCCGGCCUGGAGCACAUUGUCAUUGGCAUAGUGAAGGCCGUUGCAUCGAAGCUGCACGGUGUGGAGGUAGAAAUCGACAUUGUGAAGCGCAAAGGUGAGCCCAUCGAUGAGGCCGAGAAGGAGCGCGCUUUGGCACGCGAACAACAGCAAUUGGACACCGAGGCGGCAGACUCUGCUUUAGAUGCCGAUGCGGCUGAUCCAGCUGCUGCUGCCCCAGCGAGUGCCGAGCAUAACAACAAUCACAAUGCCAACACCAACAAUGGCCUAGCCAGCAACAAUAUUACCAACAACAACAACGAUGGACAGCUGCUGGCCAGCAGUGAGUUGGCUGAAUCGGCGCCAGCCACUUCGAAAGUCUCGGCCACAGUGCAGGAUAGCUUUGAUUGCGAUGGCGACAAGGAGCAGAAGUGUCUGCGGCUUUUGAAAAACAAAAGCGAUGAUAUCGAGCGAUAUGACCAUGUGCAGUUUCUGAUACGUGAAAUCAAUGUGGUUGCCAAGUCGCAGGCGGAUGCCAAAAAGGACGAGGCGGCAGCGGCCAGCAGUGAUGAUAUGGAGUUUCUAUGCGAAGAGCCGCUCAUCUCGCCGGCCACCUUCUGCAAGGUAUUUCCCUUCCAUCUAAUGUUCGACAGACAAAUGAAAGUCGUGCAGGCUGGCAAGGCUGUGUCCCGCGUUAUACCCAGAGUGGCCGAGGAGAACUGCUCACUGAUAGAGGUGGUGGAGGCCAUACGACCGCACCUGCAGCUCACAUUUGAGAACAUUUUGUCGCACAUAAACACCAUCUAUGUGCUGCAGACGAGACAGGGUGCCAUGAGCAGCCGGCUCGAGCAGCGUUUUCUGAGACUGAAGGGACAAAUGAUGUACAUACCGGAAACGGAUCGCAUUCUAUUCCAAUGCUAUCCAAGCGUUAUGAACCUGGAUGACCUAACCAAGAAAGGACUCUAUAUUUCGGAUGUGCCGCUGCAUGACGCGGCCAGAGAUUUGGUGCUGCUGUCUGAGAAAUUUGAGGCGGAGUAUAAGCUGACCAAGAAUCUUGAGAUGCUCACUGACAAGCUGCAGCAAACGUUUCGGGAUCUGGAGAGUGAGAAACAGAAAACAGACAGGCUACUCUACUCGGUGCUGCCCAAGUCAGUGGCAAAUGAGUUGCGACAUCAGCGUCCAGUGCCACCCAAACGUUACGACUCCGUGACGCUAAUGUUCUCUGGCAUCGUCGGCUUCGGACAAUAUUGCGCCGCCAACACAGAUGCCGAGGGUGCAAUGAAAAUUGUGAAAAUGCUCAACGAGCUCUACACCGUGUUCGAUGCGCUCACCGACUCCAAGCGCAAUUUAAAUGUUUACAAGGUGGAAACUGUUGGUGAUAAAUACAUGGCUGUAUCGGGCUUGCCAGACCAUUGUGAGGAUCAUGCCAAGUGCGUGGCACGCGUAGCUUUGGAUAUGAUGGACAUGGCCAAGAAUGUUAAAAUGGGCUCAAAUCCAGUGCAAAUCACGAUUGGCAUCCACUCGGGCGAGGUGGUCACCGGCGUCAUUGGCAAUCGCGUGCCACGCUACUGUCUCUUCGGCAACACAGUGAAUCUAACGAGCCGCACCGAGACGACCGGUGUGCCCGGUCGCAUUAAUGUCAGCGAGGAGACCUAUCGUCUGCUGUGCCAGGAGAUCAACCAGGAUGAUUCAUUUCAUUUGGAGUAUCGCGGCCCUGUGGUAAUGAAAGGCAAGCCUGAGCCCAUGGACUGCUGGUUCCUGACACGUGCCACCAGCAUAGGAAGCGGUCAUGGCAGCCUGGACUCGCCGCAGCUGCAGCCGACAACGCCAACAACAACAACUCAACGGCUGGGCAUGGGACAUGCCAGCGUCUCACGUACUUCGUCGGGUCCUAGUGGCAGUUGCAGUGGUGGUGGUGCUUAGAUGCAUAGCAAAUGCUAGCAAGCGGAAUCACGCUGUAAAGUUGUAGGCAAAUCUAUGUGCAACCCCAGCGAUUGUCUUACUAUUUGUAUGUCUGUGUGUGUGUGUGUGUCUGUUUAUUUAUCCAAGUUGGCCACUUAACCACUUCAUUUCAAUGGCUUUGAAUUUGUUCUGCCUUGGCUUGCAUUUGUCCUUCGCGCUCUGUAUAUGUUAUGCAUGCAUGUGUGUGAGUGUGUGUGUGAGAGUGUGAUUACUGCUACUGCGGCCGAGGCUGUUGGCUUCAGCAACGUUGGAUCGUUGUUCAAGAAGCCAAGCUGUAACUAAACUACUUAAGUUGUAAUUAGUGCAUAAAUAAGCCGAGUGCAUGCUGUACCAUAUAAAUGAAAACAAAACAUAAAUUUACACAAAUACUAUAUGCAAAUUAGUUGAAUAUUUUCAGCAUUUUGGGUGUACAACUGAACUAAGUGUGUUUAAAUAUUUAUUUUUGUACUUUGUGAUGGUUUCUUAGGCUGAACUUUUUGUGCUUUCUACUCUAGUUGUAAUUAAUGUAGGCACUAUGGUAUACAUACAUACUUAAUACUAAUUAACUAAUACUCAUGUCAGAAGUACACUGUACAAAGAAAACUUGCAAAUUGUACUAUAUAUGAGGAAAAGAAGUAAGGCAAAUAUUCUAGCAGCAGCACUCGUAAAUACAACAAAGCACCAAACAAGUAAAACUUAUUAUGCAAAGGUGAGUUUCAUAGACACUCUCGCACAACUUAAAUGUAAAUCUACUAGUAUAUACAGGGCUACUGACCAGUAAAAGCAAAUGAAAAUGUUCGCAAACUAAUUGCACACAAAUUAACAAUUAAGCCGUAACAU